UAACCUGCAGCCCCCAGACCAUCCAUCCAUCCAUCCAUCCAUCCAUCCAUCUAUCCACCCACCCCAUCUCAUCCAUCACAUCCCGUCCAUCCCACCUCAUCCCCGCAUCCUCUGCCUCCAUCACUGCAGCUCUCCCGGGACCGGGGCAUUCCAAGCAGGGUUCCGUAUCCCUUCCCUGUAGAGGCUUCUCCAAGCAGGAAUGCCACCUGGCAAAGGGCAGAUGACCCCGCUGCUGCCCACCCCGAAGGUCUGCGCGCCCACCCUGCAAGGCACCCACGACCCCUCCAUGGGGGGCUGCCCUCAGGCCCCCAAGGGUCCCGGCUCGCCGCAGAGCCGCAGCAAGAAGAAGAGCCGUAAGCACCAGCGGUUCCUGGAGCGCCGGGUGCUGCUGGAGCAGAAGGGGCUGCUGAGCCCCCACGGGCGCCGGAGCACUCAGACCACCGUGGCAGGGCCAGAGGCACACACCACCCUCACCAAGGCAGAUGGCAUCACGACAGAGCACUCUGGCGAGGUCCCCAAGCCCAGACGGGUCACCUCCGCAUCCCUGUCCCCAUCUGCCUCUCCGGACAGCAUAGCCAGGCACCACUCCGUGCUGCUGUCCCAGGGGAACGGCAGCUCCAAGGUGCGAACGUCCUCGCUGGUCCUGCGCCCGGGCAAGUACGUGGCCAUUGACUGUGAGAUGGUGGGCACCGGCCCUCAGGGCAGGCUGAGCGAGCUGGCACGGUGCUCCGUGGUGAACUACGAGGGGGAUGUCAUCUAUGACAAGUACAUUCAGCCCGAGCUCCCCAUUGUGGACUUCCGGACACGCUGGAGCGGCAUCACCAAGCAGCACAUGAAGAGGGCGAUUCCCUUCAAGGCUGCCCAGGCAGAGAUCCUGAAGAUCUUGAAAGACAAGAUUGUGGUAGGACACGCCAUCCACAAUGACUUCCAAGCCCUGAAGUACUUCCACCCGAAAGACAGGACUCGAGACACCAGCCAGAUCCCUGUGCUGAAGCAGAAGGCAGGGCUGCCUGUCAGGGCCAACGUCUCGCUCAAGAACUUAGCCAGGCACCUGCUCCAUAAAAGGAUCCAGGUUGGCUGCAAAGGACACUCGUCGGUGGAAGAUGCUCAAACAGCCAUGGAGCUGUACAGACUGGUGGAGGUGCAGUGGGAGAAGGAGCUGGCCCGUAGCCUGCCCCCCCGGCCCCCCAGCCCCAUCACAGACCCCACUGCAGACAGCAGCCACUACUUGGAUGACCAGUACUGGCCCACAGACCUGAUAUCAAGCGGCCUGUGAUGGGGGACAGCAUCUCCUCCAUGUGUCUCGGGCUAUCCUGGUGCCUUCAGCUCUGAAAGGUGGAGGUGACCGCUGACCUCCUUCCCCAGGGGUUGUACUCCAUGGGCUCUGCCCAGUACCCAGCCCUGCCAGGGAUGGAGACACGGUGACACCUGAACAGCAGUGAUCUCCCAGAAAGGCUGUCUGCAGCCUCUAGCUCGUGCACAGAAAUGAGGGCUGUGGCUGCACUGUGUUCAUCUGUCACUUUGGGAUGAGCAUGGUCCUGGUGUCAGCCUGGAGGAGCUCCCAUGGGCACGUGAUGGGGGCUACCAGGACAUCUUCCAUGCCUUCCAUUGGGUUGUCCCUGUCCCAGAUGGAUGUGGCAGGUUUUCCUGUGGAAGGACUGAGGUGUUUUGCUGAUGCCCAAAGGCGCAAACCAUCCAGGGCCAGUAAACAACCCGUUUCCUCCUCACUUUAUUUCAUAGAAUCAUAAAAUAUGCUGAGUUGGAAGGGUUGUGUCAGGAUCACAGAGUCCAACUCCUGGCCCUGCACAGGACACCCCAAGAGUCCUGCCAUGUGCCUGAGAGCACUGUCCAAACACUUCUUGAACUCAGAUAGGCUUGGUGCUAUGAACAGCUCUGUGGGGGAGCCUGUUCCAGUGCUCAGCCAUCCUCUGGGUGAGAAACCUUUUCCUGAUAUCCUGCCUAAACCUCCUCUGACUCAGCUUCAUGCCAUUUCCUUGAGUCCUGCCACUGGUCACAAGAGAAGAGGUUGGUGCCUGCCCCUCCCUUCCCCUCAUGAGGAUGUUGAAGAUUGCAAUGAGGUCUCCCCUCAGUCACUUCUAGGCUGAACAAACCAAGUGACCUCAGCCACUCCUCAUAAGGCUUCCCUUCCAGUCUCUUCACCAUCCUCAUGGCCUGCUUUUGGAUACUCUCUAACAGAUUAAAGUCUUUUUUAAUGUUGUGGUGCCCAAAACUGCACACAAUAUUCAAGGUGAGGCCACACCAGUGUAAAGCAGAGCGGGACAAUCCCCUCAUUUAGUAUUCCUUCAAGUCCUGUGCCUCGGUCAUUAAUGAAGGUGUUGAAGAGAACUGGCCCAAGGAUGGAGCCCUGUGUAACCCCACUGGUGACAGGUCUGAUGUCACCCCAUUCACUGUUUGUGCGUGACCUGUGAACCAGUUGCUGACCCAUCGUGUGACAUGGUUACCCACCUGUGUGCUGGACAUUUUGUCCAGAAAGAUACUGUGAGAGACGGUACCAAAAGCUUUACUGAACUCCAAAAAGGUAAUGUCUACUGGCUUCCCUUGAUCAACCAGGUGGGUUACCCUGUUGUAGAAGGAAAUCAGGUUUGAUAAGCAGGGCUUUCCUGUCAUGAAGCCAUGCUGGUUGUGCUUGAUGACUGUGUUGUCCUCCAGGUGUUUUUCAAUACCUCCCAGAAUAAUCUUUUCCGUGAUUUUACCAGGCACUGAAGUGAGACUGAUAGGUCUGUAGCUUCCAGGGUCCUCCUUCUUGCCCUUCUUGAAAACUGGAACAUUUGCCAGCUUCCAGUCAGCUGGAACCUCUGCAGCUUCCCAAGAGUGCCCAAAAAUCGUUGGGAGAGGCUUUGUGAUGACAUCAGUUAGCUCUUGGAGGAUUCUUGGAUGAAUCCCACCACACCUGAUAGAUCUGUAGGGAUCCAGCUGCACAAGGAAGCCUGGAUCUAAUCAGUGUCCAGCACAGACAAGAGCAUAGAAUGCACUUCAUUUUAAAUAAA